AUGGAAGGGUCAAUUGUAAACGAUUUGACCGGCGUGCGGCUCCGCUCAAGGUUGCACUCCUACCUGGAGGCCGCGGCACCUCACAAGGAGCACGACUCCCACAAGAACACGGCGGAGAUUAAGUCGGAUAACACGGAAAUCGUGUACCAGAAGCAUGGGGUUCUCAAGGGCGUCACGCUGCAGCAGGGCAGGAACAUAGUGCACGACAUCAUUGAUGAUGUUUUGGAGAAGAGGGGAACAAUCACACUCUCCGAGUCGUCGUGCCCCAUCGACGAGGACAUGCGGGAGUCGAUGGCCAUGGACCCGCGCCUGAAGCACUGGCACGACACCCUGCAGAACCGCGCCGCCGUGCAGGCGAAGAUCCAGCGGAGGCUGGGCCGUCGUCCGCACGAGAUGCUCAUCAACUCGGCGAGCAUGGUGGCUCCCAGGGAUCGGGCCACCGUGGAGCGGCUGCUGGACCUCGCGGGCCGGAUGAACCCCACCACCUUGGUCCAAAAGAAGCCAGGAGUUCUUCCCGAGCAAGUGGACUGUGACAAGUGCCGCUUCCUGCCCCAACUGCAGGAGACUCUACCGCUGCCGGAGAGAAGCGGACAUGCGGAGCUGGAGGUCAGCGGUCUGCCCGGCUCCACCAAGCGGGAGAUCCUGGGAGCGGCGUUCCGCCAGCCCGAGAAGUCCUCCCAGUGGUUGAAGUCCCGGCAGUUGGCGCAGCACAUCGAGCGGAAGAGCGGCGACAUCAAGAGGGUCCUCGACUUUUUGCCGGAGGUCGACCAGCUGGAGGUGGUGGGCGGUAGCUUUUCGAGGGGCUACCCGGACCAGCAUCCGAUAGAGCGGCUGCCCGACGACACCAUUUUCAGCGUGAGCAGUUCGUCGCAGGUUCUGGAGCAGGAGUCAAAGGAGGACCGGCAGGAAGACACUUCCCCGGAAUUGGACCCCGCCAAUGUGACUCCAAAAGCAGCCGUCAAGAUCAACGGCGUGCUGUACUUCAACUCGGGCAGAAGGUGCUUGAGUCCCGAGAUCGCGAACAUCUCCCUGGAGUGCCACCCGUACCAGAAGGUGGUCAAGGAGGUGGCUCGCGUGGAGAACGUCGGCCGCCAGGUGCUCACCUGCCAGUGGUCCGGCCCCGAGUGCAAGCGGAACCCCAAGAGCUUGGCCCUCUGCCAGGACUCCCUCCUCCUCUCGCUGGGAAGCUUCACCGUCUUCCCGGGCGAGGAGCAGGUGUGCCGGGUGCUCUUCCGUCCCCGCGGCUGCUACCUGCACAAGCAGCGCUUCGAGCUGAGGAUCUUCCCCAACGUCAUCGGCACGGUGCGCACUGUGUUCGUGGCCCGCGUGUCGGGACGCUGUGUCCCCGCACCGGAGUACACGGCGAAGCUGAGGCGGAACCUGUCGCUGGUCACGGACAAGUCCAAGAAGCGGUUGGCCGACGACCUGGUAAAGGGGCACGCCGACCUUGUUCCCCUACUGCAUCCGCCCGAAGUGGUGUGUCCCUACGAAUAUCCCUUGGACGAGCGGGAGGUGUUCAAUGCCGAGAACCCGGGUUACCACUGCGAGCGGUUCGACGACCUCGAAACCCUGAAAGCCCUCUAUGAAGAACUGAAAAAACCCAGGGAGCCUGCCUGGGAUCUCCGACUCGAGACGAUCCUUCAGGUUAUCCUGCGGUUGUCAGACUCUAACGAAAGAAAGCUGCACUAUGCUAAGCUAGUGGAUGUUCAAGAAGCCCUCAAGCAAAUCAAGGGUUCUCUCACCCACUUUGCCCAGAACGAGGAGAGGAUGCGGUCCAGGUUCAUUUACGUCCGCGGGUGCAUCGGCAACGGCAUCCAGGAGUGGGAGGAGGCGAUGGCCUCCAUGGAGCUGAGCGGACUGAGGCUGGAGAUAAACCGCUUCCAGGUCAAGGAGGACCAAAAGAUGUUGUCAGAGAUGUUAUCGGAGGACGAGGACCGCGGGAGCGAGGGAUCGGAGCCGAGGCCCUGGAUGCGGAAGCUGCGAAGGGAGAACCUGCACCUGUACCUGCUCAAGAAACUGCGCUCGCGGAAGUCCUUCAGGGACAGCCUCUACAUGCAGACCUACUCGCACCUCUGCGACAUGGCCGAGGAUGUGGUGUCUGUUAUCGAGAGCACCCAGUGCGCUUAAGCCGUUGCGAUUCCUGCGAAGUUUUCCAGUGCGACCAAAGUCCUUUUAUGCGUGCGUUACAGUGUUUCGUCCAAAUUUAAUGUGGCCUUAAAACAGAGAAGUUUCUCGCGAGGAAACCCAGAAAA